AGUCGGAUCCCCGCAUCAUUCCUGCGCAUCAUCUUCGAUAUUCCGACGUCGGUCAAAUAACAGCUCGAAUCGCUGAUGAAAGGAGAUAAACUUGAUGCCCCGUUUAUAGUCGAACGAGUCGAAAUCGAGUACGCCGACGAAAGCGCGCGUCGAAAAGGGCUGAAGGGAUGGAUAGAUGCAAUCAAGCGAGGCAUUGCCACGAAGUCCUGGAUCAACGAUAAAAUCAUAGUAGAUCCAUUGCUCGGCAGCUACCAAGACAUCGACGCGUUUUAUAACAAGCUGAAAUUAGUCUUGAAUGACCUGAGGGCGCUGGGCUGUCAAACGAAUGACUUCAAGUUCGAAUUAGAUGUGAGCAAGAAAUCUUUAUUGGAGUCCUUAACCACCGCGCCUUCGAGAUGCGUUCUCAAAUCGAUAAUUCGGAAAAAAAACCAACUGGAGAUGAAGGUCAAUGUCUCAAAUGAGGGACAUAAGGCCGCUGUUCAGGCCAGCAUCAAUCUGAAGAAUUACUUCGGCGGCUAUGAAACCAUUUCAGGAAGCUAUAUGACCACAUCUGGCAAGAGCAGGUACAACUUCGACUUCCAAAAAAUGCUGCUCAAUUACCCCGUAGGAGAGAGAAGUAUUCAUUUUCGAGUGACCAACUUGGUGCACGACUACUCUAAAGUUUCCUCUUUCAUCGAGCACCAAAUUCUGAUCUCCCCUUCCUAUCAAAUGGGCAGACACCAAUUCGGAUACGAGGCAGCAUUUAAGAAUACCGACAUCAUGCCAGAAUCAGAUGAAUGUAUCACCUUUGAAGGGGGCAGUCACUUGAAAAGUUCGAUUUACUACAAUUGGAUCAAGGACACCCGAGAUAGUCGCCUUAUCCCGACUAAAGGAUCUCGCAUCGUUCUCUCAACCGAACUCGCUGGUCUUAUUGGAGACGUCUACCAUGUAAAAGGAGAAGUUAAUUCGAAUAUAAAUUACAAACUCUCAUCCACAUGCGCUUUUCAUCUAAUAGCUCGAGCUGGUACCUUGAAGAGUUUGUUUGGUACUACCUCUAAAAUCAGCGAUCGAUUUUCAUUUUCGGAGACAAACCCCUUCUACGGGUUUCGGUAUUAUGGUGUGGGUCCACGCCUCGGAAGAGGCCACUACAGAGGUGAUCACUACUGGACGCUAGCAAUGCAUUUCACCUACCGCAUGUUCGAACACGCUGCCUCCAGUAUCUUCGCCCGGAGCUUCUGUCAAAUCGGGUCUUGCUUUGGGACCACUCAAGACCAAGGGAUGUGCAAUUGGCUGUCUAGAAGCGGCGGCUGCGACUUGAUUAGAGCGUCGGUCGGUCUCGGCGUCUCUGCAAAGUUCGCAUUUGCCCAACUUGACCUGCUCUACUCUAUCCCAUUGCUGUUUUCCAGCAGAGACCAACCUAAAAGGUGGUACUUCGGAAUUUGCGCCGACUUUCUGUAA